UUGGAAACUUCAGAGCAUUGUCAGUGGUCCGGUACGACAAUGACGAGGGUGAUGUAAAGCGAUAGCUGCGGGAGAACUACAUUUAAAAAUAAGUGAUUUCAAGCUUAUAGCACUUUUUAACCUUCAUGAUUUGAAUCCAUCUAUCAUUGGAUUUGUCGUCAAAACCUUUUCCUACUUUACAGAUCCUGCAGAUUAAUUUGUCGAGAGACUAAACAACCAGCGAAAAUGAUAUCUCUUGGGAAAAUAGCUCGCAUCGCCGUCAGGCGUACAAAUUGCCGGGGCAUAGUGACUACACCGAAUUGUCGGGAGAUAUUCCAGGUGCAAAGCCCCGAGGAUUUUGAGAAGAAAGUGAAGCAAAGUGAAAAGCCCGUCGUAGUGGAUUUCUUUGCAACGUGGUGCAAUCCGUGCAAGAUGCUCACGCCGCGGAUAGAAUCAGUGAUCGGCGAGAAAGCGGGAGCUGUUAAGCUGGCCAAAGUCGACAUCGACGAGCACACGGACCUUGCUCUCGACUACGAUGUCUCUGCGGUCCCUGUUCUGCUUGUUAUCAAAGAUGGUAAAGUACAGAACAGGAUGGUCGGGCUCCAGGACACAGACAAAAUUCGCGCCUUCAUAGAACAAGCGGUCGACGCGAAGGCGAAGUGAUUUCCAACAGAGAAGCUGAUGUGGUGUGCGCUCCUUUAGUUCUGUAAAUAUCCAACACCCUCGUUUAGUCCAAAAAUAUAAUAGUUGACGGGAAUUUUCCUAGGAGUUAAGGUUAAUAUUAAAUUUGAUGA